CGGCACUGACGUAGUCCUGUGCUUUUGUUUACAUUGACUUAUCGUUGCUUACCGUCUUACGGAAGAAUAAUUACAACUUGAACCGUUUAAACAAAAUCAUAAAACUAUUUAAAUGUAAUCACACACGACUAUUUAAAUAAUAACCUAGUUCGAAUUGUAACUUUCUACUUGAUCCGGACUGAUCUGUAUAUUUUGGUCGUAAAAAAAAACAGGUGUUGACAGGUUACUUUAUUAUCCAAAAUGUGCUCGUUAAGCGAAGGGGCGUUAGACAAAAUUAUGAACGGCAUCGAUAUCGAUAAGCCGGUACUACAGAUAUUAGGUCACAAGAAGUUAGCAAGUUCAAGUAGCGGAGAACGUUAUAGAUUGCUUGUGUCCGAUGGAAUUAGAGUGAACUCAUUUACAAUGCUAGCUACACAGUUAAAUUCUAUGAUAACAGAUAAUGAAUUGACUGAAUUUUCUAUUUGUCAGAUAAACAGAUAUGCGAUAAGCAUGGUGAACAAUGCUGGGAAACAAAAACGUGUGAUGGUAAUAUUGAACAUAGAAGUAAAAGUUCCUGGAAGCGAAGUGGGACAUAAAAUUGGAAACCCAACGAAUGCUGAGGCUGAUAGUGAAUCUAAGCCUGCACAAUCUGCACAACCUCCUCCUCAACAUAGAAAUGAUACAUUAAUGCAGAAGCAAAACACACAUAAUUCUUCUACCGAUAAUAUAUCAACAACUCCGAUCGUUGCUUUGAGUCCUUAUCAAAAUAGGUGGGUGAUAAAAGUACGUGUUGUCAGUAAAUCCGACAUCAGAACGUGGAGUAAUUCACGUGGCGAAGGAAAAUUAUUUUCUAUGGAUAUCGUCGAUGAGAGUGGAGAAAUUAGAUGUACAGCAUUCAGAGACCAGUGCGAUAAAUACUUUGAUAUGAUCGAGGUCGGGAAGGUUUAUUAUAUCUCUAGAGCUACGUUAAAGCCAGCAAACAAACAAUUCAAUAAUUUAAAAAAUGAUUAUGAAAUUACUCUAACCGGGGAUUCAGAAAUUAUUCCGUGUCACGAUGGGGGAGAUGAUAUUCCUUCCCUUCAAUUUGAUUUUGUACCAAUAAGCAGCGUGGAGAAAAAAGAGAAAAAUGAUAUGAUGGAUAUUUUGGGUGUUGUUAAGUCUUGUAACGAUUUGCAAAUACUAACAUCGCGAACUACAGGCAGAGAAAUGAAAAAGAGGGAUAUUAAUCUUAUCGAUGAAAGCAAUACUAUGGUAUGUUUUACAUUGUGGGGGUCGCAAGCUGAAGAAUUCGACGGAUCUAGCAAUCCAGUUUUGGCUAUCAAAGGGGCACGCGUUAGUGAAUUUAACGCAGGAAAAAGUUUGUCUGCUAUCAGUUCGACAGUUAUUCAAGUUGAUCCAGAUAUUCCAGAAGCGCACAGGCUGCGUGGUUGGUUUAAUACGAUCGGUCGUAGCACAGACGUUAAAGCGAUUUCGAGACCACUUGGAGGUGGUGGUGCAAGUGGACCAUGGCUAACGUUCAAAGAAGCAAGGGACAUGGAACUUGGUUUUAAAGGUGUUGAUGUAUACACGGUAAAGGCAACCGUGAAUAUGAUUCGAGUUGAAAAUGCUCUUUACAAGUCCUGUCCUAGUGAGAACUGUAAGAAGAAGUUGAUCGAUCAAGCGAAUGAUAUGUACAGAUGUGAAAAGUGUAACAAGGAGUAUCCCAACUAUAGAUAUCGCCUACUUGCGAGCUUAAAUCUAGCAGAUUGGACAGACAAUCAGUGGGCUACUGCAUUUAGCGAGGAAGCAGAAAAGAUCUUAGGUAUUACUGCUCAAGAACUCGGUGAAUUGCAAGAAAACGAUAACGAUGCAUACCUUGAAAAAUUCGGUAGUGCAACAUUCAGGAGUUUUAUAUUUAAGAUAAGAGUUAAGCUGGAAAUGUUUAACGAUGAACACAGAUUGAAAGCAACGGUUGUCAGUGCGUCGCCUAUAGAUUACAAAAUGUAUAAUGAUCAUUUGAUAACUCACAUCAAGGAGUUGGCUGGUAUCGCGAAAGCUUGAGAUUAUAGUGAUCAUUCUAUUUAUACUAUUCUUGCACGAAGUGAUAUGUUACGUUCUAUUUUCGUAAAUGUACAGCGAAUACUUUUUUACAUUGUUAAUUGGUUAACCAACUAAGAUACAUAUUUCUUUUCACACAAAUAUGAACCUGAUUAUAUAUCGUA